GUUGACCCACGCUCAAGGCCGUUCAUCCAGCUCGCUUCGCGUGUCACCCUUAACCUGACAUCUCUGAUGUCAUUGUUGAAGCAUCAGGGUCCUCCUCCCCACCAAAAUCCCCUAAGCCCCUAGCGAACUGUGCUUGUUGCUGUCGACCCUAUUCAAAGUUUCCCCUUGCCGUUCCGCAAGAGGAAGCCGCCUGGAUGUUCCCUAGAUCUAGAACUCCAUGAACCCUCAAGGGCCGCUGAACUUAUCGUCACGGCGCCGAUCAUGCGCUCGGUCUAUGGCCUGCGAGCCGCUUGGAGUGGAGACCAUGGAGGGUAAGUGGGUAUGAGCGUGGAUGGGUACUGGUUCUUGUUAUGGCGAGCUACCACUGGUGAUGUCUGUGACUGGGAGGGUCACUGGGGCUGGGACCCCAAGGACUGGGAAUUGGGCGGAGCUAUCAUCCUAUCCUGGGCCAGUUCCAGUUGGCGGGUUUCCUGCUGGGUCCUGUGGUCCGGCGGUUUCUGGACGAGAGAAGUACAGCUGUCAGGAAGUCAGGCUGGAAUCUGGGAGUUGCAAUAUCUUCACUACACUUGGCCUGCAGCGAGAUCAGAUUGCUAUGCUGGCUAUGGCAAUAACGCAAUAACAACAACAACUAUGUGCGGAGGGCGAGUCCAGACAGAGUAAGGGGACUAUUAGGUCCUCGAGUUGGCAACUGAAUGGGUCUUUGCGGUACACCCAAACUCUUCAAAUACUCGACAGAUUUUGCUGGACAAGCAAGUGCUCGUUGGUUCCUGCAUCCAGAUGGAAUCAGGCAAUAUGAUUCCGGAAUCAAGUGUCGUUUCGGAAAAGAAUCCAGCGAGCUCCCAUCCCAGCAUGGACUUGCAACUUGCUGUUCUUAGGCAUCUCCCUACGCCGAUAAUCAUCCUGUCUCCUCAUCGAACGGCUGUCUUCGCGAAUCUGGCGGCGGAACGAAUUCUAAAAUCUCCAGAUCCAAUACAAUCAACAGACAAGGGGAUAUUAGGACGUACACCGACAGACCUAGGGAUCCGAUUACUGUACAAUCAGGUGUGGGAUGCAGUCUUGAAUAGACUUGUAGGUAGCCAUCAAAAAGCAGUCGCCGAAGGAAACGAAGGUCUUAUCCACGAGAUUGAUGCGGUGGUGUCAACUCCGGGCCAGGGUCAUGCGGAAACACAUUACCGGAUCUUAUUGUCCAUUUUAGCGACCGAGGAUGGUCAGCAUUUCAUGCUCAGUUUGGAACGCCCUCCACAUAUCGAGAAGAGGACGAGCCCGAGGAGCGAAGACCGUACAUCAGCCCUGUUAGAUGUACCUAUCAUCACAGACCAAUCUGGACAAGCCGUGCUUGGUUCCUCAAGAGACAUUCCCAGUAUUAAAAGAGCCGUGUUCGACAGCUGUGAUGUUCCGGGCUUCAUUCUAACUUCAGACGAAAAGUUCUAUCUAGCGAACAAGAAAGCCAGAGAGGUACUAGGAGAUAUCAUGGGUGGAGCGGACGGGUGCGAUGGGCCAGGUCUUCGGGAAGGAAUGGCAGUCUGGGACGAAAAUUUCCAGAACCAAUUGAGAACUGAUGAUUUUCCUGGCCUGAGAAUGACUCGGACGCGGAAACCCUUCACAGGCUAUCGAUGUGGUUUCAUUCAUGCCAUUACCGGAGACAGGAUUUUGAUGAGCGUGGAUGGAGAGUGUCUCUACGACGAGUCCACGGAAGAAUUCAUCGGGGGAUUAUGCUGGUGCAGAGACCUUCAGGAGUAUUCAAACUUUCUUUCUAGUUCGCUGCAACGACGCUUGGAAAGCCAUGAGACUAUUUGCAAUCUGCUACCACAUCUAGUGUGGACAGCGACAAUUGAUGGUCUUUGCGAUUGGUUCUCAAAUAGGUGGUAUGAGUUCACAGGUCUGACCAAAGAGGAGUCAUUAGGGCACGGGUAUCAAGCAGCAAUUCAUCCGGACGAUCUACCCAGACUUUUGGAAAAGUGGGACAGAAGCACAGGGAAAGAAUGCGAUGUUGAGGUCCGUUAUCGUCGAAAUGAUGGGAUCUACAGGUGGAUGCUCGCACGCGCCUGGCCCCUUCGAGACGACAACGGAAAGAUCUUGAAGUGGUACGGGACGAAUACCGAUAUCCAUAAUAUUGUUAUGGCCAGAAACGAAGCUGCAAGGAACAAACUUGAAAUACUCACAGUACUUGCCCAUGCAGAGGUCAAUUUGUUCUCGAUCAACAAAGACAGAAUAAUAACUAUGGCCGAAGGCUGUAUGCAUUGGGACGCUGAUACUAGUGUGUACGAUUUCAAUAACAAGUCCAGUCUCAUCGGUAAAGACGCCAUUACCGUCGCCCGGAGUACACAACCCGGAGGGGUCCCAGAUUAUGAGAGAAACAUUCUCAAUAUACUGGAUGGAAAGGUAGAGGUUGCCCAGUCCGAGGACCGCGUUGGUACCAGAGUCUAUCGAACCCGUGUUGUGGCCGAUCUUGAGCAUGAUACCGUUGACGGCGGCCAGAAGCCAGCUGUGAAGGGGGUUCUGGUAUUGAGUAUUGAUGUUACGGAUAUGAAAGCUCGGAAAGCACUGGAAUUGGACAAUAACCGUCUGAUAAUGGAAGAGCGGGUUGCCAAAGACUCGAACCAAUUGAAAAGCCAGUUUUUAGCAAACAUGUCACAUGAGAUGAGAACUCCCACCGCCGGUGUUAUCGGGAUGGUAGAAUUUUUGAGCGAUGACGUGACAUUGACGGAAGAACAACGAGAAUACGUCAGCAGCAUACACCUAUCUGCCAAGGCCCUUUUGGCUAUCGUCAACGAUAUUUUGGACUUCUCGAAGAUCGAAAGCGGGCGUCUGGAUAUCGAGAAGGUCCCAUUCAGUCUCACAUCCGUGGUUGGCGAGCUUUGCAAAUUGCUCGCCAUGUUUGCAAACCAGAAGGGCCUCGAGUUUGUGUUUAGCAAUCUCAUGGAUGAGGAUCUUGAGGUCAUUGGAGAUCCAGGACGGACGCGACAGAUCUUGUCGAAUCUUCUUACGAAUGCACUGAAGUUCACGAAAGAGGGAUCGGUGAAACUGACAAUGUCUUCCGCCUUGAGCGAACCUCGAGACGGUGAGGACGAUGUAGUCAAAGUCCAAUUCGUAGUUGAGGAUACAGGAAUCGGAAUUGAGCAGGUCGUUCUCGAUAAGCUAUUCAAGCCAUUCAGUCAAGGUGACUCGUCAACCGCUCGGUUGUAUGGUGGAACAGGUCUGGGGUUGACAAUCUCGAAGAAUCUUGCGACUUUGAUGCACGGGUCAAUAGAGUUGGAAUCAGAGCCGGAUAUUGGAAGCAAAGCGACAUUCACAUUACCUCUCAAGGUCUCCGCCCGGCAUUCACGACUCGACACGGAUUCAUCUUCUCCCGACCUUAGUUUCCGUCUGGCAUCACUGACCAAGAUUCCGUCCUGGAAUACACCUCUGGUCCACCGCUCUAUUAGCCAAGACUUACUAAACCAACAAAUAUCCAGCAGUGUUACAGACAGCUACCAACCACCGUCAGCACCACCAAUUCGAGACAGCUCAGCCGAAAGUACACUCGUCCCAACCUCGAAAAUGUCCCCCGAACAGAGAAGCAGCUUCCACGUUCUUGUUGUAGAGGACAACCCAAUCAACCAAACAAUAGCCAUCAAGAACAUCCGCAAGCUCGGCUUCCCCGUCACAGCUGUAUGGAACGGCCGCGAAGCUCUUUCCUACCUCCUUUCACCAUCUACAACCCAACCUCGCCCCUCUAUAAUCCUCAUGGAUGUACAAAUGCCUGUCAUGGAUGGUUACGAAGCUACACGCAUACUCCGCACUGGUAUUGAAUACGCUCGUGAAGAAGACGAAGGAGUCGUCAUGGCUAUGUCUGAGGGGGGUAACACACUUGAACCUGAUGCCUCGCGUGGUAAAGGGAAAGGCAAGACCCCGACUCCAGUCGACGAGUCCGAAGGAGAAGGUAGUAAGAAGCAGCGUGGUAAGCAACGCGAGACUGGUAGGGUGACGGACAGCAGAACGACGGAUUAUUUGAGGGAUAUUCCGGUGAUCGCUAUGACGGCUUCGGCUAUACAAGGGGAUGAGGAGAAAUGCCAUGAUGCGGGCAUGGAUGAUUAUCUUGCCAAGCCUGUCGAGAAAGCCAGGCUGGAAGAAAUGCUGGUGAAGUGGGCGGGGAGGAAGAGAAACUCUCGAGCGGGGUAA